AUGUUAUGUAACAGAUCAGCAGUCUGGUUUCAUCGCGGGGCGAAGCAGCAGCAGGUGGUGCGGCAGUGCAGCGUGUGGGCGCUGCAGUCUGUUGCGCCGUUGAGCGCUUUGUUGCUGUCGGGGAGACCAUCGCCGACGACAACCCGGACGUACGCCACAGUAUGGUUCUCGCCUGUAAAGAGGCGCGCGCUGCAGGUUAGUUGCUAA